CAAUGUGGAGAUACAGAGGGAGACCCCUUUAGUCACUUCAACUGAGGAGGUCCCCAUGAUGUUUCCAACAAUGACGGUGACAACGACAACAACAACGGAGACCAGUACUUAUAAUACAGGAAUAGUAUUCAUCGAUCCCAGUGUGAAAUUUAUCAUCAAGACCUACUAUCAACUGAAGAGAAAUGGCUACCUUCCAUUAGCAUGCAUCUUAGCUGGAGUCGUUCUUCUAGUAGUCAUCGUCAUCAUUUCAUUAGGACUUUACUUUACAAUUUGUUACUGCAAGGAAAGACCAAGAGAGAUAAACUUUCUAAAGAUGGCAGAAGAAGGACGCCUAGAGAUAAACGGAGGAUCCCCACAGAUAAAAGGAGGAUCCCAAGAGAUGGAGGGAGUACACACAAUGAGAGAAGGAGACGCAAAGGAAGAUGGUGUCAUAGUGCAAAUAGAAGAUGGAUGCACAGCAAAGGAUGAAACGCGCAUCAUGAUGGAGCAAAGCGGAGAUAUGGAAGGAGGAAUCACUGAGAGGAACAAAAUGCAAACACGGGUGCAAGAAAAACUCGCAGCGAGGAAAAAAAAUUGUGUAGAGACGCAAGAAAAUUGUGUAGAGACGCAAGAACUGUCAGCGAGGGAAAUGCUUGCAGAGACAAGAGAAAGAUUAGAAAGAUUGUCAGGCAUACUAAAAAAGUAUGAAGAAAUACUCAUAGAGAUAGAAGGAAUCAUGGCCUUGGAUGAAGAACUCGCAGUGAUGAAAGAACAAAUAGUGACUAAAAAUGAAAGUGCGGCGAGGGAAAAAGAACUCGCAGUGACCAAGAAGAGACAAAAAAAAGGAAAAAGAACUGGCAGUGACCAAGAAGAGACAAAAAAAAAAAGAACUGCCAGCGAAGAACUCGCAGUGAGCAGUAAGAAAAAUUUGCAGGGACAAAAGAAGAACCGUCAGCAACUAAAAAAACAAGUGAGGGAAGAAGACUAAGACUAAAGAGGAGGUCCGGCUUCACUUCCCGAUUCCCUACUGCGCAUGCGCGACUCGUGCUGCGCGAUGUCACUGGUGCCCGCUGUCUUCUGGGACCUGUGUGUCCUUAACAACAAAUGACUUAUCAGCUGUCGGCAGGUUUCCCGCUGACAUCUGAAUGAAAGCCAAAGAAUU